AUGAUGGACGCAAAGAAGGCGCUGAUGCAGACCGAGGGUGACAUCGACAAGGCGGUGGACUUCCUGCGCAAGAAGGGCCUGGCCUCCGCCGACAAGAAGGCCGGCCGCAUCGCCGCCGAGGGCGUCGUUGCUUCCUACAUCCACGCCGGAUCCAGGCUGGGUGUGUUGGUGGAGCUCAACUGUGAGACGGACUUUGUGGCGCGCGGCGACAAGUUCAAGGAGCUGGUGGCCGACAUGGCCAUGCAGAUCGCGGCGUCGCCCGAGGUCACCGUGGUUUCGGUGGACGACGUGCCCGCGGAGGUCAUCAAGAAGGAGACCGACAUCGAGAUGGGCAAGGAGGACAUCUUGUCCAAGCCCGAGCAGAUACGGGGAAAGAUUGUGGAGGGGCGCAUAGCCAAGACGAUCAAGACAAUGGCGCUGCUGGAGCAGCCCUUCAUCAAGGACACCGACAAGACCGUCGCCACGCUCAUCAAGGAGGCCGUGUCCACCCUGGGUGAGAACAUUCAAGUGCGCCGCUUUGAGAGGUUUGUGCUGGGAGAGGGCAUUGAGAAGCGGUCGACAGAUCUGGCCAAGGAGGUGGAGGAGCAGACCAAGGCCUUUGAGGAGGCCGCUACCAAGAAGGCUGCCGAGGCCGCCGCCGCAGCUCCCGCCGAGGAGGCCACCGCUGCCCCUGCUGGUGAGGAGGUGAAGGUUGACGCGAAGUCGGUGAAGGCGCUGAGGCAGGCGACGGGCGCGGGCAUGAUGGAUGCGAAGAAGGCGCUGAUGCAGUGCGGCGGCGACAUCGACAAGGCCACCGAGUUCCUGCGCAAGAAAGGGCUUGCGUCCGCCGACAAGAAGGCCGGCCGCGUUGCCGCCGAGGGUGCCGUUGGUGCCUACAUCCACGCGGGCUCCAGGCUCGGCGUGUUGGUGGAGGUGAACUGUGAGACAGAAUUUGUGGCGCGAGGCGACAAGUUCAAGGAGCUGGUGGCCGACAUGGCCAUGCAGAUUGCGGCGUCCGAUGUCAGCAUCGUGGCGGCUCAGGACGCCCCUGCAGACGAGGUCGAGCGCGAGCGCGCCAUCGAGAUGCAGAAGGAGGACAUCCAGUCCAAGCCCGAGGCCAUCAGGGGGAAGAUAGUGGAGGGCCGCGUGGCCAAGAUCUUCAAGGAGCGCGCACUGCUGGAGCAGGCCUUCAUCAAGGACACCUCCAAGACCGUCGCCGAGCACAUCAAGGCCCAGGUCGCCGCCAUCGGCGAAAACAUCCAGGUGCGCCGAUUCUCUCGCUACGUGCUGGGAGAGGGCAUCGAGAAGAGGUCGGACGACUUUGCAGCUGAGGUGGCAGCAGCCACUGGAAAGGCAUGA